UUCUGCUGGUGCACUAGAAAUGAAAGCUAGCCUACGCUGUGAUGCGGAUAUCAGCAUACCAAGAGAAAUUAGAUUUAACAACUUGGUACAGGAACAUGUUCGAUGUUCUGUGGUGGUAUCAAAACGACAGAAAGCAACGCAGCCCCUUAGUUAAAUGCUAACAUGUAUUGAUUGAUUGGUUGCUUGCUUUAGCUCCAAAUGCUGAAGUCCAGUGAAUCAUUUGAGACUGUUUGCACCAUCCAACACAUGUGUACACGCAGGGACAGAUAAAGCGAUAAUCAGAACUUUACUCUUUCAGAUUCUGCAAACAUACGUAUACAGGGUGUUGGUUUGACCCAGAAAGGUUGGCAGAGUGUAGAAGGACUGUCGGAGGACGGCAUAGUGUCCUCUACAUUCUCAGAGACGGGGUGCAGUUUUCAGUUUCAGUUUACAGGAUGCACAGAGUGGUGAGUCUGGUGUCUGUGCUGGUCCUGGGGUCAGCCUGGAGCCUCCAGGGGGCCCCUACCCUGCCAGAAACUCUUAUCCUCCCACAGGAGAGCUUUGAUCUCGAAAAGCCCCUAAGAUUGUUGCACACGUAAUUGACUGGAUGUGCAGUCAUUAAGUUCUCGUUUCCAGUUCAUGGGGAAGUGGUAUGAGGUGGCGGUGGUCUCCACGUGCCCUCACUAUAUGCACCGCAAGAGAGGAAACCCUAUCACUGUUGCACUGGAGCUGAAGCAUGUCAUUUCUGAGGACAACUUCACAAUGACAUCUACUACUCUCAGGAACGGUUCUUGUAAGGAGUCGUCCACACGUUACAGUUUGACCACCAUUCCAGGACGAUUCUUCCAUCAUGUGGCAAGGUUUGGGGCAGAUGUUUAUUCCUUUGUGGUGGAUACCAACUACGACGAGUACGCCAUGUUGAUCCAGCUAGGCACAGAGAAACCAUCAGGAAAUAAAACCACCACGGUCAAGCUCUAUAGUCGGACUGUAGAUGUGGGUGCUCCUGUGCUGCAGGACUUUAAAACUGUGGCCAAGCAACACGGAAUGAGCGAGGAUACUGUUAUUAUGAAUCAGUACAAAGGUGAGUGUGUACCAGUCGAAGGGAUGACAGAGACGACGACUCAGCCUCAGCCUCCAGUUUCUAAGAGGUCAAAAAGAAACGUGGAGCCCCCUAGGAUUCCUGCACAAGGAGAAUAUGCUGGUAUUAUUUGACCAGUUAUGGCUGAGAGAUCAUGUGGAAAAACUGAAGAGGAGGAUCGAGACACAAACAUUUUUUUUAUUAUUAUUAUUUUUUUUUUCAGUUUUUUUUUCACGCUUAAAAUUUUACACAAUCUCAAAUAUCAUGAAUAUUUGUGGAAAAAUCUUUUUGUGUGUUUCAAAAGGUGUGACUGCAUUAGACAGACACAAACAAAUACAAAUUAGAUUUAUUUUGUUCAUUGUUUACAAGAAAAAUUAACAAAAUUAAAUUCUUGACGGUUUCAAUACAAUACGUCAGUUCUCAACAUCGUCAGUAUCAAAGUCCACAAAUAACAGGGAAUGUGUUCAAAAGUGAACAAAAAAUAAAUAAACCAUCACAUCAUCAAGUUAAUAUUUAGUAGUCCUGCCAUUAACAGCAGUAGAGCUCUAAUCCUGGCUGCCAUGUUCUCCACAAGCCUUUCACACUGUUGAGGGGUAAUCUUGUCCAAUUCUAAUUUAAUUGAAUUCCUGUAAAUUCUUCAGUUUGCGCUUUGAAACAGACCUUUUGAUAAUCCACCACAGAUUUUCAUUGGGGAUCAUGUCCGGGGAUUUAGCUGGCCACUCUAAGACCUGGAUUCUGUGCUCCUGCAGCCAAGUUCUAUUGGCCCUGGAUGUGUGGCAAGAGGGGCAUUAUUUCUGGUGUUCUGGCGGCAGCUGUACCCUUCCUGUAUGAGAAUCUGUAUCUUCAGGCGUGUUUCCUGCGUUAGGUUCCUUGUUUUAGCUAUUUUUGUAUCUGAAGAACUGUCAAAUGUACUGGCUUUAUAUAGCACGGCAACAGAAAAAUGUGACUUUUAAUUAAAAGCACGACCUUCAUUGGUGGUGAGUACCAAAAUGACCCAAUACUCAAAAUAUAUUAUGUAUUUUUAUGGAACCAAUUAAUUUUAAGUUUUUAAUGGCUGUUUAGGGCUGUUAGUAUUUUGUCUGUGACUGUACUAAGAGAAAUUGCACUUGAAGACCUAAGAGUGAUUAAUGCAAUAUUUCAGAACUGCAUGGGGAGUCUGAAAUUUUUUUUCCACCACUGUAUAUAUAUAUCCCUCACGUCUCUCGUCUCCCAGCCCACUGCUUCCUGUCUGUCUCCACUGCUACCUACCAAAAAUAAGGGCAUGAAAGAAGGCUGAAAUAAUAUCUGACAGAAAUAAUAGCGCUGAUUUUUUUAUAAAUGUAAGUCUUGUCACUUUACUCAAGUCAAAAUGAAAUAAAACUGUAGGGGAAAACAUG